AUGAACCCACCCUGGGCCUAUACAUAUUUAUUGCUGUGAAUCCAGAUCUCUGUAUGGCAGAAUUAUUCAGUGCCAAUGACAGGACAAACAAUAUCUAGCACAGUGCCACCUAUACAGCAGAGGGGCACAGGACGGGCUGGAUGUGGAUGACGGAUCGUGAUUCUGCCCAUGUUCAGCUUCAUACCCGCCUCCAUAGAGGUUGCAUCACUGGUUCCGUAGCACCUCGGUAGACGUAGCAGGCUAUCAGAUAGGGGCGUGGUCGGGUGGGCGUGGCCUGCCUCCACAAUCCUGUCAGACUGUGCGGCGCGGCAAUCCGUGCUCCGGUGACAGCUGCAUGAUGGACAGGACAGUGGGCGGGGUUUGGCCGUGGAGGCGUGUCGUAGCUGGAUCUGGUCCUCUGUGGUUGCCAAGGUCUGCAGUCAGCCAGGGACACGGCAGCAGGCGAUAUUUCUCCACUUGUGCAGCUACCUGGGGGCACUCGGUGCGGACCACCUAUUACCAUGCUGUGGGCUGCCAAUCAGUUCUGCAGGAAGUUCUCCACUGCAACGGUUUACUAUCAGAAUAAGCUACGGCUUGCUCUAAUUGGUCAGAGCGUCUUUGGUCAGGAAGUGUAUAGUAAUCUUCGCAAGGAAGGACAUAAAGUAGUCGGAGUCUUCACAGUCCCAGACAAGGAUGGGAAGGCAGACCCUCUCGCGGUGGCAGCAGAAAAAGAUGGCACACCAGUGUUUAAGUUCCCCCGAUGGAGACUAAAAGGAAAAUCUAUUCCAGAAGUUGUAGACGCCUAUAAGUCUGUUGGAGCUGAGCUCAAUGUUCUGCCUUUUUGCUCCCAGUUUAUACCUAUGGAUGUCAUUGAUAAUCCUAAGCAUGGAUCUAUCAUCUAUCACCCUUCCAUCUUGCCCCUUCACAGAGGAGCCUCUGCUAUCAAUUGGACCUUGAUUCAUGGAGAUAAAAAGGCGGGCUUUUCAGUUUUUUGGGCCGAUGAUGGACUGGACACAGGACCGAUUCUGCUGCAGAAAGUUUGUGAUGUAGAACCCAGUGAUACUGUAGACUCCCUUUACAACCGUUUUCUCUUUCCUGAAGGAGUGAAAGCUAUGGUGGAAGCUGUACAAUUAAUUGCUGAUGGGAAAGCUCCUCGAAUAGACCAACCAGAAGAUGGAGCUACUUAUGAAGGAAUUCAGAAGAAGGAGAAUGCUGAGAUAUGUUGGGACAACUCUGCUGAGGCACUCCAUAAUUGGAUCCGAGGACAUGAUAAAGUUCCUGGCGCGUGGACAGUCAUAAAUGACCAGAUAGUCACAUUGUAUGGAUCUUCUUUGCUGGAGGGUGCAGUGCCCACAGGUGAACCACUGCACGUUAAAGGAGCUUCAAGGCCAGGGCUUGUCACAAAAAAUGGACUAGUUCUUUUUGGAAAAGAUGGAAAAAUGUUAAUAGUGAAAAAUCUUCAGUUUGAAGAUGGAAAAAUGAUACCUGCAUCCAAUUACUUUUCAAUGGGAGAUGUUACGGUUUUGGAAUUGACAGAGGAGGAAAAGGUCAUAGAGUCCCAUAUCAAGGACAUUUGGAAGGGGAUUCUAAGCAAUGUUGCUGUGAUCGAAGAUACCACAGACUUUUUUAAAUCUGGCGCUGCAUCUAUGGAUGUUGUAAGGUUAAUAGAAGGGAUCAAACAGAAAUGUGGAGAAUUAGAUUUACAGAAUGAAGAUGUCUACAUGGCCACCACUUUUAAAGACUUUAUACAGAUGGUUGUGAAGAAAUUCAGGGGAGAAGACAAAGAAGAAAUGGUUAUAGAUUAUACUACAUUAAAUGUGAACAAUAUGACUGUGAAGAUGCCGUACCAGUGUUUUAUUAACGGGCAGUUUGUGGACUCUGACAGCGGGAAAACAUAUGACACUAUUAAUCCAACAGAUGGAUCAGUUUUAUCCAAAAUCUCAUAUUGCUCUGUAGCAGAUGUAGACAGAGCAGUGGCAGCAGCAAAAGAAGCCUUUGAGAAAGGGGAAUGGGGAAAAAUGAAUGCUCGUGAUAGGGGUAGAAUACUGUACAGACUUGCAGAUUUAAUGGAAGAGCAUCAAGAAGAAUUAGCCACGAUUGAAGCUCUAGAUUCCGGAGCAGUUUACACAUUGGCUCUAAAGACCCAUGUGGGGAUGUCAGUUCAGACCUUUAGGUACUUCGCUGGAUGGUGCGACAAAAUUCAGGGCUCUACUAUUCCAAUCAAUCAAGCUCGUCCAAAUCGAAAUUUAACAUUUACUAAGAAGGAGCCUCUUGGAGUAUGUGCCAUAGUUAUCCCCUGGAACUAUCCAUUGAUGAUGCUUGCCUGGAAGAGUGCAGCAUGUCUGGCUGCAGGCAAUACUCUUGUUUUGAAGCCUGCACAGGUGACACCAUUAACAGCUUUAAAAUUCGCAGAACUUGCAGCCAAAGCAGGUGUACCUAAGGGUGUUAUCAAUAUCCUGCCUGGAUCAGGAGGUCUAGUUGGACAGAGGUUAUCUGAACAUCCAGAUAUACGCAAGCUUGGUUUUACCGGAUCUACCCCAGUAGGAAAGCAGAUCAUGAAAAGUUGUGCUGUGAGUAAUCUAAAAAAGGUUUCACUGGAACUUGGUGGAAAAUCUCCCCUUAUCAUCUUUAAUGACUGUGAUCUCGACAAAGCUGUGAGAAUGGGUAUGGGAGCUGUAUACUUUAACAAAGGUGAAAACUGCAUUGCAGCUGGUAGACUUUUUGUUGAAAAUUCUAUACAUGAUGAAUAUGUAAGAAGAGUGGUACAGGAGAUUAAGAAGAUGAAGAUAGGAGAUCCUCUAGAUAGGUCUACCGACCAUGGUCCUCAGAACCACAAGGCACACUUAGACAAACUGUUGGAAUACUGUGAAAUCGGAGUCAAAGAAGGAGCAACUUUGGUUUAUGGAGCCAGACAAGUUCCUCGGCCAGGUUUCUUCAUGGAACCCACUGUAUUCACAGAUGUGGAAGACCAUAUGUACCUUGCACAGGAAGAAUCCUUUGGACCAGUAAUGGUCAUCUCCAAGUUCAAAGAUGGCGAUAUUGACGGAGUACUGGAACGAGCCAAUAGCACAGAAUAUGGAUUAGCAUCUGGAGUUUUUACAAGAGACAUUAGUAAGGCCAUGUAUGUGAGUGAGAAGCUGGAAGCGGGAACAGUUUUUAUCAACACUUACAACAAAACCGAUGUUGCGGCACCAUUCGGAGGAUUCAAACAAUCUGGAUUUGGCAAGGACUUGGGAGAAGAGGCUCUUCAUGAAUACCUCAGAACAAAAGCCGUCACAGUGGAGUACUAACAGUUUUUAUACAGCCAUGUAUCAGUACACAUCAUCAUGGACUUCUUUUCUUAUUGCAAUUCCUUUUCACAAUAUGAAGAUGGAAAACUAUGUGCCUAGACCAUCACUUUUAUGCAGCUUAAAGCCUUUUCAUGUAACCGUUCCUUCAAGGAAACAUGAUAUAUGCAAUCUUUCAAUCAUAGCAGGGAUUGUUUUCUUCAUAUUUUAGUGGGAAAUGGGAGUAUUUGCUGCAAACUUGAUCACAGGGCUAUUGAGACGCUGAUUGUACUAUAUUAGACAAACAUAAUAUGUUCUGUAAAAUUUUCCUGAAUUUACAACAGGUAUAUAAUAGGACUUAGGAAUCACCAAGAGUAAGGACACAUGUGCCAUAUUUUUCUGCAUAUUUUUCUACUCAUUAAAGUCAAUGGGUAGCAAAAUUUGGAGCUAAUUUUGCUACCCAUUGACUUCAAUGGGUAGGAAAGUACGCAGAAAAAUAUGGCACAUGUGACCCAACCCUAAAGGGAUUCUCCCAUAUUGCAAAAUGCCACUGUCUGAAUGCGGGGAUGUUACUGCUGCCAUACUGCUGCCAUCUUGAGAACAGGAACAGAACUAUUAGAAUGAAGAAAAACUGUCAGAGAUAGGCAAGUACAGUAUUUAGCUAUCUCCACAACAGAAAGUUGUCCCCUGUGGAAAUGGGAUAUUCCCUGUAAGACUAUGUUCACACAAUUUGAUUCUGUGGACUUCAGCUAUGUAUUAAUAUUGAUUAAAUCUACAUUAUAAAAUC